AUGGGUAUCAAGCAAGACAUGAUCGACUCCAUUGAGUCUCAAAGAGAUGACGGAAUUCGUAUGCUUCAAGCACUCGUGAGAGCAGCUUCACCGAAUCCGCCAGGAGAAACUACUGCAGCAGCCGCUGUGUUGGCAAACUAUUUAACAAGCAAGGGUAUUCAUCACAAGCUGAUCUCUCCCAAGCAGGGUCAGCCAAAUAUUGUGAGCGAGUUCGAAGGCGGAAGCGGUCCGGGUCCGCGUGUCGUAUUGAAUGGGCAUAUGGAUGUCUUUCCCGUCGACCUCAGCGCUGGAGGUUGGCAGAGGGACCCGUGGUCUGGCGAUAUUGCGGACGGGCGCAUUCAUGGCCGGGGCGUUGUCGACAUGAAGAGCGGCACCGCUUCUAUGGUGAUAGCUUAUCAGCACCUCUAUGAACAAAGAAAGCAUCUCAAAGGCACUGUGGCUUUGUGCAUGGUUUCGGACGAGGAGACUGGUGGCGCAUGGGGAACUAGAUACCUCCUCCAGGAAGACAAGGCGAGAUGGGGUGGCGAUGUAAUGCUCACAGCCGAGCCCACGGGCAGGACGAUCCGAUUCUCCGAAAAGGGGACACUGAGAUUGACUGCCACCGUCAGGACCAAGGGAGGCCACGGCGCCUAUCCAAAUCUCAGCAAGGGGGCUAUUCGUACUGCUGCAAGCUUUCUAAGCGAAGUGACAGAAGCCGUAACAUCCAUGGAAGUCGACACUCUGCCCGACAUUGCACGCCAUUUGACUGACCCAGAGGUCUUGAAAGCUGUCGACCGGGCCAUGGGAGAAGGCACAUCUACCAUAAUCGCACGUCCAACUGUGAAUGUUGGUACCAUCAGGGGCGGCGUCAAGGUUAAUGUGAUUCCAGAACUUUGCACAUUCGAGCUGGAUAUCCGGCUACCUAUUGGGCUUACCGCCGAAGAAGUUUUGGAGCUCAUCCAUGCCCUUGCCCAGAACCACACCAAGGCCACGAUAGAAAUCGAGAAACAGGAUGCGGCAAGCAAUCCAAGCAGCUAUUCGACGAUAAGCCAUCCAAUAAUUGGACACCUUGCCCAUAAUGCAAAGCAAGUUAUCCCCGACUAUCCUGCAACUCUAAUUCCGUCAAUGGGUGCCACCGACUGCAAGCAUUAUCGCUAUGCUGGCAUCCCUGCCUAUGCCUACGGGUGUAGUCCAUUUAGCAUGGCUGCAGUCAACGAGUCCGCCUCAAUCAGCGAGUUUGUCCAGGUCACAAAGGUUCUGGCCGGGGCUGUAUGUGAUUUCCUAGCAUGA